AUGCUUGCGGAGAUGCAGGACCUUGAUGCGAAGUGGGGUCACGAAGACAAGCGGGAGGGCGAGGAGGCCUCUUGGUUGGAGUCGUUUCCUUCGCAAUGGUUUCUGGAUGCAGGGGAGCCCCUGCUACCAUUUUGGAUUGAUGAGAACGAGAAAUCCGAGCAUGUCGAGGCAAUCUUGGAAUUUCACACUGAGCCAUGUGCAGACUUUCUGCGUGGCUUCUGCGCCAAACAUGGCAUCCGCGGCAAGGCGCUUCAAUGCCGGGGAUUUCAUUUUGAUUCGCAGCGUCGACGCAAGCCCGUGGAUCUCACAACCGGUCAGCUGACAUACUGGGAGACGCCCUGCCCUUCGUGGACAAUGGAGAUGGGCUUUUGUUGCAUGGCGGGAGAUGCCUGUCCUUUCGCCCAUGGUCGGGAAGAGGUCUCUUAUCACCCAGCAAAGUACAAGACACGGCCAUGCAAUGGCACUGACUGUCGUGGUGAGGGGGCAUGCUGCUUCGCUCAUGACGAGACAGAGAUGAGGCAAAGUGCUCCAGGGAGAUACUCAUACUUCGCGCUGUCGUCGUCAAAGGUGCGGGCUGGUGGCUCUCGAGCUCCUAACCUGGAGACAAGCAGGCGAGCGGCGGACACCGGUACCCGGUCAGGUGGGGCUUUGAAUCCAAAAGCCCGAUUCUGUGCAUACUAUCCGCAUGUUGGCCAGUGCCGGCGUGGCUCCUCGUGCUCUUUCGCGCACACUCGAGAGGAGGUUCAAAUUCCGCUCCUGUCUGUUGCGGAAGAAGAGCACGAGGAGAGCGCGAUGACGCCGGACUUCUUUACGAGGAAAUUCAAGACAACAUGGUGUCCAAUCGGCGCGCAGCACGAUUGGCAGAUUUGCGUCUACGCGCAUACGUAUCAGGAUGCAAGACGUGAGCCAUCGAUUGGCUAUGGGCCACAGCCAUGCCCUUUCUGGGGAAAGAAGGACACCCGAGUCUCGUAUUCGCAACGUUGCCCUUUGGGGCUUCGCUGCCCGUAUGCCCACGGUGCGAAGGAGCAGCUCUACCAUCCGAAGUAUUUCAGGACUGUUACCUGCCGAGACAUGCAGAUGAGGGGGUGUCCUCGGCAGAGGCUGUGUGCCUUCUACCACCGAAGAUCAGAGCAUCGAAAGCAGACUGCGGACACUCACGACUACGACAGUCCGCUUCCAGAAGAGGCCAUUGAUCCGACGUGGGCCGAGACCUUUCUAAACCCUCCUAUCUUCCAAGAUGCAGAAGAUGAGGUGCCACAACUCAUGACUGCUGGAAGACUGGCACAAGAGGCCGUGGCCGAACCUAAGGCCGGUACUCCAGGUGAAGCCUCCUCGCAGGAGGCCUUCGCUCCAUUGCCUAGAAAAGUGGCGAUACAAAGCGCAGCACUUGCCAGCCGAGUGGGCGAGGAUGCUUUGAUGGACCCUGAUGACAACUUGGCGUCACUGAGCUUCUACCACGCCCAAAUAGCCAGCCAAAGACAGCGGCACAAUCGGCCUGGAGAUGGCGAGAUGCCAUGGUGGCCGGUACCUGGGGUGACUGGUGCCUUGGCAGACCUGCUUUAG